ACACAAGCUGUGUUUCCCAGAGAACCUCCUGGUCCUUCUCUUUUGACCGCCCGGUUGUUUCUGACAGGAUUUGGUCCCUUUUGAGGCCUCCCACAAUCUUGGCUGAGCCUUCAGGGCGGCUGUUUUUGUGGGAAGCGAUUUCAAAUCCUCCAGAGAGAUAUUUUUCUCCAUCUCCACAAAUGGUUCCUGGACAGGAAGAUGGAGAAUGUGCUGCCUCUGAAAACCACAAAGCUUUUCCUGGGCAGGGAGGAAUUGUGAGGGACUUUCCUCCACAGUCCCACGUCCAUUAUCUCUGCCGUCUCCCUUCCCCUCAGGCGCGCUCCUGUUUCCCGCCCUUUCUACCAUCCUGGCACUCUGCCCUAAUCCACCAGGGGGCGCCCGCUGCUAAGAAAAGGCAACGUCAGGCGGUUCCCGAUUGGUCCACUGGAAGACGAACGUCACAGUUGCCUUUCCAGAGGCGAGACGGGAGUGACGUCACAAACGCUUGCUGCUCUAGGACCCCGCACUCGCUCUCCUAUCCUCUGGACCUCCGCAGGAGGCUGCGCGGUUGCUGGAGAGUUUGGCUGGGGAGAUCCAGACGUUCUCCGGGUGAGGGUGGGGGGGCUCUUCCCUGGUCCCAUGCUCCCCAGCCGCCCUCUCCAUGCAGGAAGAAGCGGACCUCCAAAGCAACAGCAACAGAAGAAGCGGGGAUCCCGGGAAGGUGGGGGUCGGUGGAUCCGGCCACCCUUCCCUUACCUGUGUCGGAGGAAGAGCCUUGGAGCCAUUUGGAGUUGCUCUGCAGGAGAGAGAAAGGAUGGAGACACAACCUUUGAGAAAGGAGGGAGCCGGAAAAAGUCCUUCAGCUGCUAAGCCUGGGAAGCUCUGGACAAGGACUGGGCAGAAGAUCCUGGAGGAGGAAACCAUCCUCCCUUCAGAAGUUCAGCCCUGGAGCUUCAUCCAAUACCGGGAGGCUGAGGGUCCCCGAGGACUUUGCAGCCAACUCCAUGACUUUUGCAGGCGAUGGCUGAGACCAGAAAAGCACACCAAAGCCCAGAUGCUGGACCUGGUGGUUCUGGAGCAGCUCCUGGCUCUCCUGCCCCCAGAGAUGGAGGGCUGGGUGAGGGAAUGUGGAGCAGAGACCAGCUCCCAGGCGGUGGCCCUGGCGGAAGGUUUCCUCCUGAGCGAGGAAGAGGAACAGGUCGAAUUGAAGUGCUGUGAGGGAAAGAAGAAUCCAUCAAUUCCCCCUCAGGAGUUAUUUUUAAGGAGGAUCCUUUGGGAGAAUCCCAGUUGGGACGCCUCAGGAGAGAAACAAAGAAUGAAGUUUUCUGGCUUUUAUGACGGAGAUCAAACAGCGGUGGAAUCUCCAAAUCAAGAGAGUCUUGUUUCCUUUGAGGAGGUGGCUGUGUAUUUCUCUGAGGAGGAAUGGUCUCAGCUGGAUCCUGACCAAAAAGUGCUGCAUUCGGAAGUCAUGCUUGAAAAUCAUAGGAACGUGGUCUCUCUGGGUAAGAGUUUUCUAGUCCCCAAUCAGAGAGUUCAAGAAGACAGAUUAUAGUUAGUUUUUUUAUUAAAAAAUAAGUGAUCAGAUAUCAUCUCCUGGGAGGGAGAAGGAAAGGAUUUGGCCUUCUGGUACUCCAAGGAAGGAAAGAUUCAGUGUCUCUUUGCUUAGAUGCUUUUGGGGCAUUCCUUAUCUGUAUUUUUCCAUUUCUAUUUGAACUUAUCUGUGGAGGCUGAGAAGAAUGGGGUUUGCUUUUAUGUGUCCUCUGGAGAUCAUAUGUUAUUUUUCCUCUGAAACCUCCCCAAACUGUGUGAGAACAGAACUUUCACACUCAGGCCCUGGAGGAGGAUUCCCCCACUCCAAUUCAAGAACAAAGGCCUCUUGAAGUGUGCCUCAGAGCAUCCUAGGGGACAGGUGAUCCUCAGUUACGACAGUUCACUAAGCAA